GGGUCGAGAGCAUUAUGGGUUCAACAAUCGCAGAAAAUCUCGCAGAGGUUUUGAGAAUCCAAGAAUUCGUUGACGACAGUAUGUUCCAAGAAAACAAACCCCUUGUAAAUUCCCCUACAGACAGCGACGAUGAAGAAAAAGAAAAAGAAGAAGAAACUUUCCCAGAAAAGCCAGCAGUCUUAACCGAAUCAAACAAGUGUUUUCGAUGUGGUACGAGGAACAUGUUCAUGAAAAAGGAAGCCUGCAUAGUUUGCUGCGCAAAGUACUGCAAAAUCUGCGUGCUGGGAGCGAUGGGUUCAAUGCCGGAAGGGAGAAAAUGCAUCGAUUGUAUUGGCUGUCGAAUCAAUGAAACCAUGCGUGAUUCACUGGGGAAGUGUAGUAGUUCUGGGGCGCUUAAGAGCUUGAUCUCCGAUCAGGAAGUUAAGUUGAUUAUGGCGUCGGAGAUAUCAUGUAAAGCUAAUCAACUCCCUUCCAGUGUUGUUUGUGUGAACGGAAAACGUCUUUCCGGCGGAGAAUUGGCCGUCCUGCAAAGCUGCCCACACCCGCCGAAGAAGAUGAAGCCCGGGAGGUACUGGUACGAUAAGGUGUCUGGAUUUUGGGGAAAGGAGGGCCGGAAACCAUGUCAAAUUAUUAGUCCCCAGCUAACGGUUGGUGAUACGAUCAAGAGAGAUGCCAGCAACGGGAACACAGAUGUAUUCAUAAAUAAUCGAGAGAUUACAAAAUCAGAGCUAUUUAUGUUGAAGGUGAUAGGAAUCCAUUGUGAAUGGAGCAUUCACUUCUGGCUGAGUGCUGAUGGGGCUUAUCAGCAAGAGGGUAUGAACAAUGUGAUGGGGAAACUUUGGGAAAAGGCUGGAGUAAAGCUAGUUUGUACUGCUUUGUCACUGCCAACUCCACCUCCACCCAAUUAAUCCUGCAAAUUCUUGC